AUAAUUCCUUAUCUCUCCAUUAUCUCUCAGCGCAACCCCGCAUCAUCAGUCUGACCUACCUACCACCGGAUUUAAUGGCUGCCCUCCAAGAAGCUCUCCAAUGCCUAACCUCAACACCCCGGGAUGAAAUCCCAACCGACCAAGCCUCUCUCCGCAGCUUACUCACAACCCUGCGCUCCCAAGCCCGCCUAAUAGUCGACUCCGUCCCCGAACCUCCUCCCGAGAAAUCCGCAAGCACAAACUCCUCCUCCUCCAGCUCUAAAUCGAAGCAUAAGUACAAAAUAAUUCCGUCCCCCGCACGCCUCUCCAAUCCAGACUCCAACACGCCCGAUUCAUCCGAAACCGCCGCCGCCGCCCAUGAGCACCAACAAGCCUGGUCCAAGCAGAUCGUGAAACCAACCCACUCGAAGGAUAACCCGCUCAGUGUACCGGUUUACAAACUACCUGGCUCGGAUGGCCAGGGCCAUUGGUUUGGGCGGAGGAGCGUGCACGAGGGACUACCUUAUGAAGUGUGGGAAGAGAAACUGUCCACCGAGAUUACGGAGACGCUGAGACGGAACCAAAAGCGGGUUGAGCAGGGUCUCCCGCCUGAUCAGGCAGUUCGGGGGAUUGGGGCGGAGAGGGUCGUUGAGGAGGUUAUUGUACGAGAUGGGGAUGGAGAUGCGAAUGUCAUGGGCAAGUUCACCAUUUACCAUGUGAGAGCGACGUUUCCGAAGCCGACGACGAGCCGUGACUUUGUGGCGAUGAUUGUUACGUGGGAGAAUGAGCAUUUCAAGGAGCGUGAGAAGGAGGGGAAGUGGAGUCGGGAAGGGAGGAGUUGGAUGAUGCUCUCUAGGCCCUGUGAGCACCCUGAUGCACCGCCUGUGGGCGAGUUUAUUCGGGGGCAGUAUGAGUCCGUUGAAAUGAUUAGGGAGAUCCUGGUGGAUAAGGAUGGGUCCGAGGGGUCUGAAUCUGGAUCGGGGUCGGGGUCGAAGGGUGCAAAUGGAGAGUUCAAUCCUGUCGAGUGGAUUAUGGUAACGAGGAGUGACCCUGGCGGUACAAUUCCGCGAUGGAUGGUUGAGAAGGGCACUCCAAAGAGCAUCUGUACAGACGCAGCCAAGUUUGUAGACUGGGCGAGGGAGGAUCCGGAGGCCGCAAAGGAGAAGGAGCGUUUACAAAGUGCUGCGAAGUCGGAGGGUAAAGAGUCGAUGAAUGCUGAGGAAGAAUCAGAGUCAGAGGAAGAUAGCGACUCGGAUUCCAGCGAGUAUGAGCAGGAAGAACAUCAUGGGCUCAUUGCGAGCUUCGGGAGCUUGUUAAAUGCUGGCAUUGAGCGAUAUGCGCCGCAGGCAGUUCUGGAUUAUAUACCACACCACUCCCGCGAGUCAUCAUAUAACAUACCAGGCGAAUUCAAAGACUCCGAUGAAGAUACGACCACGCACCACCAAACAAAGCGACAAGCCGACGCCGACGCCGACGAGACACAAUCACAAACAUCCGUCAAAUCCGAAACGCCUGCUGAACCAACCACUUCCGCCGGCGGCGACGUCAACCUAGACAUCACAGCGGCCGAGCUCCUCGAAAAGACAGGUAAAAGCAAACUCUCCUCGCAUGAGCGCCAACUGGCCAAACUCGCGCAAGAGAAACGCAGCAUCGAAGCCCAGCUCGACCUCGUACGCUCAGACAUCGAGUCUCUCGGCCUGAGAGCGCCUGAAGACAAAGACAAAGAGGAUAUCAAAAAGGAAACCGCCUCCGCCCGCGCAUCAGCCGACAGUCCGAGCGGACACCAACACCAGCAACGGGCCGGAAGUUCGGACAGCAGCACAAAGGCCAAGCAUCUUGGAUCUGACGACCGCACGUCGAGCAACAGUAAUCUCCGCAGCCGCGGCGAGACCCCUGCACCUGCAGCAGACAGCCCCAAAAUGCAAAAGGUAGCGGCGGGGCUCUUUCGUGAAGAAUCGAAGCUCGUCCAGAAAUUGUCCAAGAUCGAACGCCACCAGCUCAAGGAGGCGGAGAAGAUCGAGGCCAGGCAUCGUAAGGACGCAGAGAAACAGGGUAAAGCUCGUUCGCGCGAUGCGAACGAGUCUCUGCGGAGAGAACUCGAGCAGACGAAGAAGGAAUGUGAAAAGCUGCGGAGCGAGCGCAAGCAGUGGCUCGACUUGAUCAAAUCACUGCAGGCGGAAAAUAGCAAACUUGCAGGGCAGCUUGGUGUGAAGGGAGAGAAGGGAGAGAAGUGA